AUGCAUCAGCUGGAAAUAGUUCAGCUUCUGCUCGAACGUGGUGCUGAUCCGAACAUUGUUGCAAAUUCUGAUGAUGGAAAUACUCUCUUGCACGAUGAGUGUGGCCGAGGCGGUCUAGAAGUUAUUCGCAUGCUGCUGGAUGCUGGAGCUGACACGGAAGCAAAAGACACCACCACUGGCGCUGCAGCUCUGCAUUCAGCAUUAUCCGACAAGGAGACUGCUUUUGCAACUAUUGAACUGUUAUUGGGUCGAGGUAUGGACAUCGACAUUCAGGAUUCCGAAGGCCACACAAUUCUUCACCUGGCUUGUCACGGUGACGGUCGAAGAAUGGACAUAGCUCAAUUGCUUUUGGACCGAGGCGCCAACAUUGAAGCGAAGACAGUCAGUGGCGCUACGCCACUUCAUAUGUCUUCGAGUGGGGACAUGGCACGAUUUUUGUUGAACCGAGGUGCUCACUUGGAAGCUCCGUUUAUAAAUGGAUGCACACAGUUGAGCCUAUAUAGCCUGCUGCAGGGCUAA